GCUUCUUUUUCUAUAGAUUUAUGAAAAAGAUAGUAAACCCAAAUUAUUUGGACUAAAAUUUAGUUCAUAAGGCUCUGUUAAAUUGGAAUUAAAUUUUGUUUACCUUGGGAUAUUUUAGGAUCUUAUUCCGUAAAUCACAUUGAACUCACAAAGAAUGUCAUUUCGAGAAACUUCAUACAUAAAGACCUCCUGAUUGAAAAACAAGCAAACUCAUUUCCAACUCAGUCCCUUCAAAAAAUGUUGAAGUUACCUUCGUUUCCGUACUGCUGGCACUUCUUUUUGUCUUUCUUAACGUUUUAGUUGUGCAUCUUUGAUUCAAUAAUGUUACCAAUACUGGUCAACUUUGCAUGAAUAUGACAAUAAACGAUAUGGACAGAAUAAAAGGAAAAAACAGACAAACAAUAAAAAGAUUUUUUUUACAAUAGUUUCCUUGUUAAAAGACACGAGGAAAAAUGCAACGUCAUUAUAGUCAUGACAAAUAAAUUUUGUGGAAUAUUUAGACUCUUGAUAGUCAAUUAAGUCACGUGAUAAUUAUUAGACAGACUUCCUACUCUUUUUGCCAUCCGUUUCUUAUAAAAAGUUCAAGAUGCGUACACAGUGGUCAUUAAUCUAACUUCUUUGAAGAAGGCAAUUGGGAUCAUUUUGUAGGUACUGGGACACCGGUUACCGGGGAUAUCAUGGACUUCAAACUUUUCCUGCUUGCUUUUGUUCUUCUAAACGAGGUAUGGUUUGGAAAUUCUUGCAGAAAAUCGCGCCGUGACAGGCCCAAAUCCUGUCCACUUAGAAAGCAAAGAUCUACAGAUUCGAAGAACAUGAUCAAAACGGGCAUUCUUAGAAAGAUUGGAACACAAUUGGAACUUAAUUUAACAGAGAAUCCUUGCGUAUUUCAAAGCUAUGACUUUGAUGGAGACGGGCUUAUUAGUAAAGAUGAACUAGAGUCUAAAAUUGGUGUUAAAAAGGGAGCGAAAGAAAUUUUCGCACUCGUAUUUUCAAAGGAUGAUGAUGGCCCAAUAACCCUCACUGAAUUCUGUAUGGCUAUACCUCAUCUAGUGAGUGAGUGUACCAACUGUUACUACGACACAAAUUAACACUUCAAAAGAUAGUUGUUAAAAUCGAUUACAGAUAAUAGUGUUUAAAAGUGAAUUGGUCUGUAAAGGGAGGUCUGUUAUAGCAGAAUUAUGUUGAUAGAAUUAAAUAUCAUAUGUGAGAACAAGCCGUGAAAUAAUUAUAUAUGAAGAACAAUUUUCUGAAACUCCACUAGUUGACCUUUUCACAGAGGGUUGAUUUUCAAAAAGCUAUUAUAAUGCUUAAGAUAAUGAAUUAUCAGAAGCCUUCCUAUUUAUUGAAUAAUUCCAUUUUAUCGUCAGAUGUUCAUACUCGCAAUUUGCGUUCAUCAUCUGAUGUUCAACUUUAUAACCUUAGACUAAAUACUGAACAUUUUUUUGUGUAUUUUGAAUUUUGUAUUUGGAACGGCCUUCCUGAUUAUAUCAAGUCUGGUACAUCUGUGAACCAUUUUAACACCUUAAACUUUAGAUAUUAUAACACAGCGAUGUAAAUAAAUUGAUAGUAUCAUGUCUAUAUUGAUAUUAAUGUAUUUUAAUAGUUUGAAUAUGUUAAUUUCAUACUGUUCAUUGUUGAGGGCCUCAUUGAAUAUUGUUUUGUUGUUGAAAUAAAAUAGAGAAAAACAGAA